AUGGCAAAGCGGCGAAAAGGAUCUGGCAACAAAGGCUCUGGUGCAAAACGACAGAGGAAAGUAAUAGAUAUAGAAAAUGAAAAUGAGUUAACUGCUACAGAAUGUGCGGAGACAGUGCAAGAAGAAUGUGAAAAAGUAACUUCGUCAGAUCAGCAGAAAAUAUCGUCGAACUUGGCAGUGAGUCAGGAAGCAGGAAAUUUAGUGAAGAUUCAAGAGAACUCUCAGGAUUUCGAUGAAAUAUUGAUGAGUCCAAAAAAUGGGAACAGAGAUCAAGGAACCUAUCAGUAUCAAAGCGACACCGUGACAGCCGACCUAGAUGACACAGAAGAAGCCGAGAAAAACAAAAGUGCCAUGUCUAAGUCGUUUAAAAAAUUGUCCGAUAAUUUGGAGAAAGCUAAGAAAGAUUUGAUUCAGAUUAGGGAGUAUGUUGACCAUUGGAAGAAACUGUUCGAUCUGGCCAAACGAGAGCACAACUCUCUACUUAAAAACGAUGUUGUACAAAAACAAACCUCGUGAUAACCGGGGUAUAUACGGGUGGAUACGGCAUCCUCAUCAACUUUGCCCACUUUCCACAAUUUAUUCCAGAUAAUUAUGCGUGACUUAUAACUUAUCUUAUUUUGCCAAUAGAUUUUUGUUGACCUUCAGGUUUUCAACAAAAACGUAAGUUGAUAGUUAUUCAGCUCAGUCUGUUGUGAAUCUGACUCCGUUAUUCAUUAUUUUUUCUACAUAGCAUAAUAUUUCAAUUCAAAUCAUAUUUUGGUAAUUUUUAACUUGUUAUUAAAUUGUUAAUUCGUAUUUCAAUACUCAAUCUUAAUCGUAUAGAGGGGGG